CAUGAGGAGCCCAACACUUGCGCGGUCCUGGUGUAAGGUGCGGACCAUGGAUUGCUCUGCUCCAGUGUAGCGCAGGGAGCGUCUCUAAUACUGGGAGCCGGCUUUGCCAGUUGCGGACCAUCAUCUGUCAGCGGCAGACAGUGUGUCAGUAAGAUGCAGCUACAACUCUGCUGACCAGCAGCAGCUCAACAAGUCAGAGUGCUGGACAGCUGACAGAGCGACAGCCUGGAUGUGAUACUGGCUCAGCGACUGAGUUGGUAACCCCGCUUCUUUGUGCAAUGUGUGGACCCACCCUCCCUCUGUGUCUGCUGCUAUGGAUAGUAGGAGCGGCUGUUUCCAGGACUCAUGGUGAAGUUAUGGCUCCUUCCAGCCUGAUUGCAGAGGCAGGUCGCCCCCUCAUGCUUGGCUGCAACAUCACCACGUCAACCGGCGACUCCGUCCAGCAAGUCCGCUGGCUCAACAGUCACGACAAGGUCCUCCUGGCGUACGAGCAAAGGGUGCCGGUCCGCAUCAGCCAUCAAGAACCUAGCGUGCAGCUCACUGCCCACCACAACAACACCAGCUACAUCACCAUCGCGAGGGUGCGGGCUGACGACGAGGGCUGCUACCGCUGCAUCUUUGAUGUUUUCCCAGAGGGCUCGCGAGAAGGCAAGACGUGCGUCAGAGUCAUUGGUCAAGUGCGGCUGGUGGGCAACAGGACGGCCAUAAGCGGGAAGCUGAUCACCCUCUCCUGCUGGUACGGCCUCCCUGAGAGGGUGCAUCAGGUGCUGUGGAGGAAGACGGCCGAGCAGGGCGACACCACCAACGUGGCCUCCUACAGCAGGCAAGGCCACCACAACGUAGAGGAGCACUUCAGGGGUCGAGUUAGCCUGAGCCGAACCCUGGACGACACCCAGCUCACCAUCCAGUCAGUCAGGACGGAGGACGAGGCCUGCUACACCUGCGAGUUCCACACAUACCCCGACGGCAGCAGAAGCGCCACCGCCUGCCUCUCUGUCUAUGUUUUACCCAAACCAGAGGUGAGCCAUGUGACCUCAUCUUCAGGGGUCACCGAGGCCAACUGCACCACCCAGUCCCGCCCUGCCACAGAGAUCAUGUGGAACAUCAGCGGGGAAAACCGAACACUUGGACCGCCCAUUUCAUCUGCCUAUGAUCAGGGCGACGGCACGACGAUAGUGACAAGCACGAUUUUCUUCCAAUCAGGGCUGCUCAGUGACCUGUCGGUCAAGUGCAUCGUGCACCACCAGGGUUUGGAGAAACCCCUGACGGUGUCCCUCAAGACAAAUGUGGGUCCAGCCAUGGUUAUCCUCCUCUCGGUGUGCGGUGUGGCAGCAGUCCUCCUCCUCUGUCUGUGUGUGUGUCUCUGCAAGUGCUUCAUCUGUACUGACGGUGGGACCUGAUCCUUUCAACUGGAGGCCUGCAGAGUGCGGUGCUGACUGACCCUGAGGAAUCAAACAGUUACCGUAGGGAAAGAAAUCCAGAGUGUCUCACCUUUACACCUUCGCUUUGGUGUAACACAUGUAGCUAUCACUAUGACGACGAACCCCAUGACUCCAACGACACGGUACACAUAUUGCCAGAAAGUGUCCUGAGCCGUUUGGUCCCCUUCAAGAGAGAAGAGGACAUUUGACUCGGUAUCAGAGAAGCAGUGAUGUAUGUAAACUUAAUUCAUGCAGAAAAGUGUUUUAGGAUUCAUGUGACACGUGUGCUGCAUCGGCCAUACAAUGCAGGUGGGACAGCAACACCACUGUCAGAGACUGAAUUAAGUUCUUACCUGGUUCCAAAGUCAUCCACAUAACUGUGGUGGGCUCGAUAUUGCCGAGUGCUUAUUAGCCAGAAAAAUGGUAAUUCAUCCUUCAUUCAGUAGCAGUUAUAAAUAGUUUCCUGUAUCCUAGUAUGGAUAGAGUCCUAUUGUCCAGAAAGUCACACUCACCAUGAACAGAGACAUUCAUGGUGUGACUCACACCGUUUCCGCUUCCACGCUGAUACAGAUCAGGGAGAGAAAUUUCCUCAACUUUAUACCAGGACACUGCUGGUGAUGAAUUGUUGCAGAAAGCGACUGUGCAGUUAAUCCUAAGGUCUGCUCCAGCCAAAGCUUCAUAAACCGUUUUGCGGCGUACUCUAAUUUCUACGAAAC